GAGAGCCCGAAAGCUUCAGAUCCCGAAAAAUCAAUAAAAUCAUCAGAAUGCCGAACUUAGAUGAGCUGCUAAAAAUCAAAAAUCGUCUGAAAGCCACUGAAAUCACAACAACUCUCCCGUCUGGCGAAGUUCGUGUAGAAAAACGAGGCAAAAACGGGGAAUAUGAAGAGAUUCAAGAUUCUGGAGAAGAUUUAGUUGAUAAAACCACGGAAAAUAUUUCUAACCGCCGGAGAAAAAAGGUGGAAUAUUUGCAGCGGAGAGGAUUUAUUGUCGAUUUGGAGCCGGAUUUAGUUGUAGGAGAAGCUUUACCAGAUUUACUAUUCGGAAGUCAAGAUGUCGCCGCUGACCUUCCAAUUCUAGAAAAUCGAAAAAUCACGCACAUUGUGAACGUCGGCACCGGAAUUCCGAACCAUUUUCCGAAAAAAUUCGAAUAUUUGCAAAUCGAUAUUCUCGAUUUGCCGGAAACUCGAAUUAUCGAUUAUUUUGAGCGGGUUUUCGAAUUUAUCGAUAAAGUUCGGCAGAAUGAGGGAAUUGUAUUCAUCCACUGUAAUGCCGGAAUAUCUCGUUCGGCGACAUUUGUAGUGGCGUAUUUGAUGAAAAAUCUGAAAAUUUCGUGUCGAGAAGCUAUGGACAAGUGCCGGGAGACGAGAAGUAUCCGUCCCAACACUGGUUUCGCUCAACAAUUGAAAGAAUAUGAAGCAAUUUUAGUGUCUCUAGGCCUCUCCUCGUGAAAAUCCACCAAUUUGUUAUGAAAUUUGACACUUUUAAACAUAUUUCUUGCCAAUUUACCCCAUCUCCCUAUUUUUUACGAUUUUUCUUCAAAAAUGCUGAAAAAUCUAUCGAUUUUCUUGUUAUUUUCCAUGUUUUUAAUAAAUAUUCAUUGUUUCG